AUGGCUUUCUCAAAAGAUGUUAUUGACAGAUUUUUGAGUGGAGAUCUUGGAGCUCUCGGGCUCUCAGGACCUUCAGAAUCACUUCCACGCCUUGACGAUGACCAAAUGAAGCAAUUUACAUCCGGAGACUAUGGAGCUUUGGGUUUACCUGCACCGUCAUCUCUGCCUAGUCCAGAAAAGGUUCGAAAAGAAGCCAAAGAACGAUCUACCGAAGUGUUGUCUCAUUGGAAUAGACUAAGACAGAUAUUGGAGAGGCAUGAGGAUGUCAUAUGA